AUGGUUUUAUCACUUCAUUCCAUUGGUUUUAGUUGCAUUGUAUUUUUAGCCUUACUACAAGUUGCUACUGGUCUUGAGUGCUACAUCUGUACAGAUUGUAGUAGUGUUAGCAGUAGUACGAAGACAUACAAUACAACACUCAAUGGUGCUUCAUGUAGCAAAACUGUUGUCAGUGCAUCAGGUGUUACAACUGUAGCCCGUGCUGCUUUAGUUGCCUGCGCACAAGGUACAGUCGGUGGCCUUAGUACCUAUUGCUGUUCAACCGAUCUUUGCAAUGGAAGUGGUUCUCUGAGCAGUUCAUUAUUGUUGGCAUUAGCUCUCGCUACUUUUGCCACUAUGUCUAAAAUGAUUCUGAUCAAUUGA